CAUCACACUACCUCACCCACUACCCCGCGUCGUGCCUUUUGACUCCUCCCACCUCAAAACCGCGGGCCGCAUCCCGCGCCGCCGCCGCCCACCGGCGGCAACCACCCGCCACCGCGAGCGAACACCCCUAUAUAAACCGCCACGCCACGCCACGGCCACCAACUCCGAACACGACAUGGCGCCCUCUCUCCUCACCACCCCGUCCCAGGCCCUGGCCCUCGCCCCCGGCGCCGCCGCCAGCCGCGUCGGCGGCGGCGGCGGCGGGUCGGCGCGGGUGAGCUUCCCGUCCGGCCGCGUCCAGCGCCGAGGCGCGCUGGGGAUGCGGGUGCGGGCGUCGGUGGCGAUCGAGAAGGAGACGCCCGAGAGCGAGCCGCCGCCGACGUUCCUGCGGGAGGACGGGUCCGGGGCGGGGUCCGGGUCGGUGCGGGAGCGGUUCGAGGCCAUGAUCCGCCGCGUGCAGGGGGAGGUGUGCGCGGCGCUGGAGGAGGCCGACGGGAGCGGCGCCCGGUUCGUGGAGGACGUGUGGUCGCGCCCCGGCGGCGGCGGGGGCAUCAGCCGGGUGCUCCAGGACGGCCGCGUGUUCGAGAAGGCCGGGGUCAACGUCUCCGUCGUGUACGGCGUCAUGCCCCCCGACGCGUACCGCGCCGCCAAGGGGGAGGCCGGCAAGAACGGCGCGGCGGCAGAUGGCCCCAAGGCUGGGCCCGUGCCCUUCUUUGCCGCUGGCAUUAGCUCGGUUCUUCACCCCAAGAACCCAUUUGCUCCAACAUUGCAUUUUAACUACCGCUAUUUUGAGACAGAUGCACCGAAAGAUGCUCCUGGUGCACCAAGGCAAUGGUGGUUUGGAGGUGGUACUGAUUUGACUCCUUCAUAUAUCAUUGAAGAGGAUGUGAAGCAUUUCCAUUCUGUUCAAAAACAAGCGUGUGAUAAGUUUGACCCAAGUUUUUACCCGAGAUUCAAAAAAUGGUGUGAUGAUUAUUUCUAUAUUAAGCACCGUAAUGAGCGUCGGGGGCUUGGUGGAAUAUUUUUUGAUGAUCUUAAUGACUAUGAUCAAGAAAUGCUUCUCAACUUUGCUACAGAAUGUGCGGAUUCUGUUGUUCCUGCAUACAUACCAAUCAUUGAACGCCGGAAGGACACUCCAUUUACUGAGGAACACAAGGCAUGGCAACAACUGAGGAGAGGUCGCUAUGUGGAGUUCAACCUUGUAUAUGAUCGCGGUACCACAUUUGGCCUCAAGACUGGGGGGAGGAUUGAGAGUAUUCUGGUUUCUCUUCCACUGACUGCACGAUGGCAGUAUGAUCAUACACCUGAAGAGGGAACUGAAGAACGGAAACUUCUUGACGCGUGCAUAAACCCAAAGGAAUGGCUCGAUCUCUGAACAGCUUGAUUUCGUUCGUUCGUCCAAUCGUUUGUUAGCUUUCCUCGCACUCUGUAGCCUUACGAUCUCCAAACAUGUGUAGUUCUUUUACUUGUAGAAUCCUGAAUAAGUGUAUGAUGCAAUGCGGGUGUUUUGUUUCAUCUGUCGAUGCUGUUGAGCUUUGUAACUGUGGUAUCAGUUUCUCUCUUUUUUUCGAGUGAAUGAAAUAUAGCCGGUGAGCCUUUUCCCAAAGAGUGGCAAAAA